AGUUCGUCAGUAAGUAGAUGGUACUCCGUAAGAAGAGAUUGUUUCAGUUUCAGUGCUCGGUAAGACGGUAACAAUGGCUUCCAACAAGCUGCAGAUGCUUGCCGUGGCGGCGGCGAUCGCCAUGGUCUUCCUGCCGGUGCUCGCCUCGGCCGCCGUGCACGCCGUGGGCGACGGCACAGGGUGGACGCUGGGGUUCGACUACAACGUCUGGUCCAAGAGCAAGGAGUUCAGAGUCGGCGACGCACUAGUGUUCAAUUACGACAAGGCCUUGCAUAACGUGGUGGAAGUGAGCGGGCCGGACUUUAAGACGUGCAGCAACAGCAACGGCGCCGCCGCCUGGAGCUCCGGCGCCGACCAGGUCCACCUGGGAAAGGCCGGGAGGCGGUGGUUCGUCUGCACCGUGGGCAACCACUGCCAGAUGGGCAUGAAGCUUAACGUCACCAUUGUCUCGGCGGACGCGCCUGCACCUGCGGCACCUGCCCCUGCUGCACUCCCUGGUGCCCCUUGGAUGGCACCGGCUCCAGCUCCGGCUCCGUGGACGGCGGCAACGGCGCCAUCGUCGUCGUCUCCUGCUCACAAGUCCAGGCGUCCCUUCUUUUCGAAAUGGUGAUGGCCUCACUACCAAGUACCAACUACGUGAUCGUGCACGGCAGCAUCGAUUUUGCACGGGUGGAUUAAUUAGUAUGCACAAUCUUGUACGUGAGCGCCUUGAUGUAAUAAUUGUGAUUGGACUGGUGUUCAACACAUGUAGCCAAACAAGCAUCGAUACAAAGUACAAGCAUUUUUUCGUUCUUCAA